CUUUACCAAGUCAAGAAGCUCCAAAUAUAGCAGAUAAACCAUUGUCAAUCAGCAACUCCUUAAAACUAACAGAAACACCAAAUAUAACACCACCAACCAAAGUCGACAAAACAUUAAAAUGCCAGUAUCGACAACAAGCCCAACAAUUGCCUAUCACUCAAAUACCCAACUUACUAUUUACACAACAACUGAUAGAAAGAGAAUUAACACCCGAACAGAUAGCCCAAUUAGUAGACCAAUUAAAAGCCAACUGA